UCAAAGCAUUAUGUGGAUGGAUUCGGCUGCAGAGAUCUGGCACGAACUGAAUGAUCGAUAUCAUCAAGGAGAUAUAUUUCGGAUUUCAGACUUACAAGAAGAAAUUUAUGGUCUUAGGCAAGGUGAUUCUUCUAUUACGAUCUAUUUUACCAAUUUAAAGAAACUCUGGCAAGAAUUGGAGAAUUUUUUCCCCUUGCCUUCUUGUUCUUGUACACCUACUUGCUCUUGCAAUCUCUUACCAAAAAUUAGGGAAUACAGAGAGAAUGACUAUGUCAUUCGCUUCCUUAAGGGCUUGAAUGAACAAUAUUCCCCAGUUCGAUCUCAGAUCAUGUUAAUGGAGCCUCUCCCUACAAUUAGCAAGGUUUUUUCGAUGCUUUUACAACAGGAACGUCAAUUCUUUAGUCAUACGGAAGAACUUAAAACUGUCGCAGCUGUUUCUAACCAUAGUCGUGGAUUUGGUCGCGGUUCAUCUUUAGGUAGUGGUCGUGGUUCUGGUGGCCGUGGUCGGGGAUAUAAAAUUUGCACUCACUGCAAUAAAUCGGGUCAUACGGUAGAUGUUUGCUUUAAAAAACAUGGGUACCCUCCGAACUAUCCACGAUCCAAUUCAGGGGCUUCCAACAAUUUCUCAUCUACCAGCCCUAAUAUUGAGGAUGCUCAUACUUCCGCUACCUCUGAUUCUUCAAGUCUGGACAAUGCUACCCAAGUUUUCACUUUGGAUCAGCAAAAGGCUUUGCUUGCUUUAAUUCAGGCUUCCACAUCCUCCUCUACUAGCACUGUAAAUCAACUUCAACAUUCACCUCCUAUCAAUUUGGGACAACAUCUCCCUGAAGAUGAUUGGUACAACUAGUAUUCAUCAUGGCUUAUACUUGCUUGAUUUUCCCUCUUUUCAUACCCCUGUUCAGAUUCAUAAUUGUACUAUCAAUUCUAUUUUGCAAACUAGUUUACACCAUGUUUUAGGUUCCAAUUGUAAUCUUUGGCAUUUUCGCUUUGGGCAUCCAUCUAGUGAUACUU